AUGGCGACCAAGCACUACUUCCCCGAUACGGCGGCGAACACGCUCGUCCCGAGAGCGCUCCGUGCUCUCGUCUCGGCGAACCCUCACCUCGUGCUAAGCGAGGCCGAGCGCGUCGUCGCGAACGCCCAGAACGACCCUUCGACGGUGAGCAUCAUCGGCGGAGGCGGCUCCGGUCACGAGCCAGCGUGGAGUGGGUUCGUCGGCGAGGGUCUUCUGUCGGCCGUCGCCUGCGGUGACAUCUUUGCGUCGCCGAGCACGAAGCAGGUCCUCGAGGCCAUGAGACUGGCGCCGUCGACCGCCGGCACGAUUCUCCUCAUCACAAACUACACCGGCGACCGUCUGCACUUUGGUCUUGCUGCCGAGAGGGCAAAGGCUGCUGGUCUAUCCGACAAUGUCGUUGUUCUCCCCGCCACAGAUGAUGUCUCGAUCGGCAGGAGUAGGAGCAGCAGGGUCGGCAGGAGAGGAAUGCCGGGUCACAUUUUCACCAUGAAGAUCCUAUCUGCAGCAGCAGCCGAAAAAUACUCCUUCGAGCGCUGCGUAGACAUCGGCAGAGCAGUAAACGACCAGACCGUCUCAAUAGGCUCCGCCCUGGACCACUGCCACGUCCCCGGCAGACAGUUCCAGUCCCUCGCCGCCGACGCCUGCGCCCUCGGCGCCGGCAUCCACAACGAGCCCGCCCAGCAGCUGCUGACCCCCUUCCCGUCCGUGAAGGACCUCGUGGACAAGAUGCUGAAGCUCGUCUGCGACCCAACAGACCCCGAGCGCGCGUUCGUAAAGUUCGAGACCGGCGACGAGGUCACGCUGCUCAUCAACAACUAUGGCGGCCUCUCGGUCCUCGAGCUCGGCGCGCUGACGGACGAGGUCCAGACGCAGCUGGCAUCAACAUGGAACAUCACACCCUGCCGCACGCUCACCGGCGCGUUCGAGACGUCGCUCAACGCCCCCGGAUUCUCCAUCUCGCUGGUCAACAUCUCGGCUGCGGCUAGACAGUCGAGCACGAGCGCGGCAGAGUUGCUGGGCCUCCUCGAUCGCAAGACCACAGCCGUCUCGUGGCCGAACAUCAUCAUCCCCUCCGCCGACGCCAAGCAGACCAACGUCAUGGUAAAUCAGACCGACGCGAACGCCUCCUCAACCAAGUCCGACGUUCAGAUCAACGUCGACCCCGCCCUGCUCGAGAAGUCUAUCAGGUCAGGCUGUGAGAGCGCCAUCGCCGCCGAGCCGAAGCUGACAGAGUGGGACAUGGUUAUGGGCGACGGCGACUGCGGUGAGGCCGUCAAGGGCGUCUGCGAGUCGCUCCUCCGCAACCUUGACAACGGCGUCGCCAAGAGCGGCUCCCUGCUCUCCUUCCUCGAGUCCACCAUCGGCGCCGUCGACGACAUGGGCGGCACCCUGGGCGCCAUCCUCGGCAUCCUCCUGUCCGCGUACUCUUCAUCUCUCAGAACAAACGCCGCAGCCGCCGGUGCCGCCCCAUCAGCCGCGCUAUACUCCAAGUCUCUGGCCACGGCCGUCGAGUCGCUCAAGUCCCACACUCCGGCGAGGGAAGGCGAUCGCACCGUCAUGGACGUCCUGAUCCCGUUCACCGACAGCUUUGCUGCGACGACUGACUUCGCCACUGCCGUCAAGGUCGCUGCUGAGAAGGCGGAGGCCACGAGGUAUCUGAAGGCGAGGUUUGGACGCGCGACGUAUGUUGGCGACGCGGCUGGCCAGGAGUUGCCCGAUCCCGGUGCGUGGGCUUUGUAUGAGAUGCUACACGGAAUGGCCAAGGGUCUGGAUAUUUCGAUUUAG